UCUCUCUCACUCACUUAUACGGCAACUGUUUGUAAUCUCUCUUCUCUUGAUAGGAGUAGAAGGUAGGAGGACCUCCCUUCUCGGUCUCUUGCUAUACUUAAGAAGCUCAUCGUCAGCUGGAGAACACAGCCAUGUCCUCCAAUUCAUCCGAUUCUUCUCCCAAAUCCAGAAAAUCCUCUGGAGAACACAGCAACGAUACUGUGAGAGCAUUGAUGCUCAGAAUAAAUCAAUUGAAGAAGCAGAUUCAGUCUGAGAGAAGUCUUUCAGUAAAAGCAAAUGUUGAGGAGAACAAAGAGAGGCUUGAAACUCAUCUUUCCCAACUUGUAGUGCUGACUGCAUCCAGAACUGAUGCUUCAACUUUUGAGAACGAGAACAAUGGGCUGGGUAAAAUGCUUUCCUCAAGAAUUGAAAAUCCCCUCUGCAAAGUUAGUGGACUUAUCCAGGAAUCAGGAGAGAGAGACUGUGCUAGUGGUCAAGAAGUAGUAACCGUGACAACUGCCAAGCUUCCAUUUGUUGACAAGUUACCCCCAUAUACCACUUGGAUUUUCUUAGACAGAAAUCAGAGAAUGGCUGAAGACCAAUCGGUGGUUGGAAGGCGGCGUAUUUACUAUGAUCAACAUGGAAGUGAGGCACUUAUUUGCAGUGACAGUGAGGAAGAGAAUGCAGAAACAGAGGAAAAGAAGCAUGAUUUCUCUGAAGGAGAAGACAGAAUUCUAUGGAUGGUUUCACAAGAGUUUGGGUUAAGUGAAAAGGUCCUUAACAUCUUGACACAAUUUAUUGGGGGCUCCACUUCUGGAAUCCAGGACCGCUGCAGUAUACUUGAAGGAAAAUAUACUGAAACAGAGCAAAAUUUAAAAGAUUUUGGGGAAAAAGGAUCUGAAAGGAACCUACUCCUUGAGAAAAGUCUUAGCACUGCCUUGGAUUCUUUUGAUAAUCUUUUCUGUCGUCGUUGUUUGGUGUUUGACUGCCGUCUACAUGGUUGUUCUCAAGUUCUCAUUGAUGCUAGUGAGAAGCAGUCAUACUCUCCUGACAAUGAAGCUCGCGGCAAACCUUGCAGUGACCAGUGCUAUCUUCAGUUAAAAGCUUCCAAAGACCUGCAUGGAGAUCAAGCCACAGAUCUACCGGGUGGAUCUGAAAGCAAGAUUUUAGAAGAACCUAGGAGUUUGGUCUGUCUCAAUACCAGAGAGCAAGGUGAACAUACUGACAGCAAUUUGAAGCGUAAAGCAUUAGAACCCACAUACAUAAUUCCAGAAAAUGAGAAACUGGUUUCUGAUGAACUUCAAGAUUCUUGCAAUAAGAAACUAAAGUUGUCAGUUCCUAGUGUUGUUAGCCUGCCUGCAGAAUGUGUAUCUGAUAUAAAUGAGCCGAAGGUGAUCACUGAUGAUGUUGAUGAGUCACAUAAGCAUUCGUCAGAGUCUAGUUGUCUUCUAAGUAUUUCUGGAGACAAUACUGAGGCCAAUGAGAGAAUUGAAGAAGCAGCAACUGAUGGCACUCCUAACAGGAAUCCAAGUUCCAGUUUUAGAAGAAUACUUGGUAAAGGCUUGCUUGGGAUCUCUGACUGGAAACCACUUGAGAAAGAAUUAUAUUUGAAGGGUGUUGAGAUAUUUGGCAGAAACAGCUGCCUCAUAGCCAGGAACUUACUCCCUGGCUUGAAAACUUGUAUCGAAGUAUCAAGUUACAUGUGCAAUGAUGGAGCAGCAACACACCAUGGAUCAUCUGGCAUUUCAUGCUUCUUUCCUGGAGACAACGGGAAAGCUCUAAUGGAUCGAAUGGUGUCAGAUAUGCCAGGUAGAUCUCGUUUGCUUCGUAGAAGAGGGAGAACUCGGAAGCUCAAGUAUUCAUCAAAGUCUGCUGGUCAUCCAUCAAUGUGGAGAAGAAUUGCAGAUGGGAAAAAUCAGUCCUGUAAACAAUAUACUCCAUGUGGAUGCCAAUUUAUGUGUGGAAAGCAAUGCCCUUGUUUACAGAAUAGUACUUGCUGUGAAAAAUAUUGUGGGUGUUCAAAAAGCUGUAAAAAUCGGUUCCGUGGGUGCCACUGUGCAAAGAGUCAAUGCAGAAGUCGGCAAUGCCCAUGCUUUGCUGCUGGACGAGAAUGUGAUCCAGAUGUUUGCCGAAAUUGUUGGGUUAGCUGUGGGGAUGCUUCACUGGGUGAACCUCCUAGACAAGGAGAUGGUCAAUGUGGUAACAUGAGGCUGCUUCUGAGGCAGCAACAACGGAUCCUCUUGGCAAAAUCUGAUGUAGCUGGAUGGGGUGCCUUUCUGAAGAAUCCUGUCAACAAAAAUGAUUACCUGGGGGAAUAUACGGGUGAGUUGAUCUCACAUCGAGAAGCGGAUAAGCGUGGGAAAAUCUAUGACCGGGCAAAUUCCUCCUUCCUUUUCGACUUGAAUGACCAGUUCGUGCUUGAUGCAUACCGCAAAGGAGAUAAGCUGAAAUUUGCAAAUCACUCGUCGAAUCCAAAUUGUUAUGCCAAGGUAAUGCUGGUAGCGGGUGAUCACCGGGUUGGCAUAUUUGCAAAGGACCGUAUUGAAGCAAGUGAGGAGCUUUUCUACGAUUACCGCUAUGGCCCUGAUCAAGCGCCUAUAUGGGCACGUAAACCUGAGGACUUGAAAAGAGAUGAUUCUCCAGUGCCCCAAGGUCGACCAAAGAAGCACCACUCUCAUUGAAACCAUAUACGGAGUAUUUAUUUAUUUAUUUAUAGUUGCAUUUAAUGGGACACUCACUACUGUAUGUUGUUUUUAUUACAAGCAAGUCCCACUUUUUUUUUCUUUAAAAAAAUGUUGUAAUAUUCUUAUUUUUAUUAUAUUUAGAUAAGCAAUAAUAAAGUGUAAACAAACUACAUGAGCCCAGCUCAAGUUCAUAGGAAUAAUACGAAGAAGAAGAUUGGCAAUUAUGUUAAA